AUGUCAACACAACAAUGUACAUCAUGUUCGAGCACAGCAUGUACGAGCGCAACAUGUACGAAUGAAAAUGUCAAAAAAUGCAAUGAAAUAUUAGAAUAUUUAUACGAUAGUCGAGAUGGUUACCAAAAAAGUUCGGAAGAUGUUAAAGAUGUGACAUUAAAACAAUUAUAUUUGACUAUUGCUCAACGUCGAAAUCAAAUGGUAACAGAUUUACAUUUACUAAUAAAACAAUCCGGGGUACAGCCUAUUGAAAGUGGAUCGAUGACAGCAGCCGCUCAUCGAACAUGGAUUGAUUUUAAAACAUUGGUUACAGGUUCAGAUCGUCAAGCAGUUAUUGCUGAAAUUAAGCGUGGUGAAUCCUAUUUAAUUGAAAAAUACGAAUCAUUUUUAAAAUCGACGUCAUUGCCCGAGACGUUUCAACAAUUAUUAAAACGACAAUUAAAAGAAAUUGAAGAACAAGUAGCAUCAGUAGAUCAAAUGAAAUAA